AUACCCGUUUGAGAGCGCGACAGGGCUCCCGCUUACAGCGCUAACACCGGAAUUGUGAUGCGCACGAGCCCUUCCUCAUCUACUUCUCCCUCUUCUUCUCCUUCUUCUUCUUUUUCUUCUUCUUCGCUGGAGAUUUUAUGGAAUCGGUGUGAUUGUUGUUAUUGUUGUUGCGGUGGUUGUGGCUGUUACUGCUCUGGCUGGCUGCCGUUACCGUUACUCACACCGCUCGUCUGUUGUGGCUGUGAAGGGAACACCACAACAACGGUCACCGACACCGGCGGCAGACCUGCCUCACUCUCUCUCUCCCUCCCCUCCGUGUCUCUGUGUGUGUCGGUGUUUCUCUGCCUCAAACCGCACGACAGAAGCAGAAAAAAAGAAAAAACAACUGAAAGCCGCGGCUCGCUUCCUUCAGUCCCACUCUGACUCUUCCGAGCCGAUCACAAACUGAAACAACAGUAAACAUCAACACAAAAGAUGAGUUCAUAUUUCGUCAACUCGCUCUUCUCCAAAUAUAAAAGCGGGGACUCGUUACGUCCGAACUACUACGAGUGCGGUUUCGCGCAGGACCUGGCCGGCAGCCGGCCCACCGUGGUAUACGGCCCGGGCUCCGGCGCCACCUUCCAGCACGCUCCGCAGAUCCAGGACUUCUACCACCACAGCGCUUCCACGCUGCCCAGCAAUCCGUACCAGCAGAGCCCCUGCGCGGUCACAUGCCACGGCGAGCCGGGCAACUUCUACGGAUACGACGCGCUGCAGCGGCAGACGCUUUUCGGGGCCCAGGACGCGGAUCUGGUCCAGUACAGCGACUGUAAACUGGGAAGCGCACCGGGGCUCGCCGGCGAGGACGCUGAAGGAACCGAGCAGAGUCCCUCACCGACGCAGCUGUUCCCCUGGAUGAGGCCGCAAGCUGCAGGCAGGAGACGGGGACGGCAGACGUACAGCCGUUACCAGACUCUGGAGCUGGAGAAGGAGUUCCUGUUCAACCCAUACCUGACACGGAAACGCCGCAUCGAGGUGUCACACGCGCUGGCGCUGACGGAGCGGCAGGUGAAGAUCUGGUUCCAGAACCGGAGGAUGAAGUGGAAGAAGGAGAACAACAAAGACAAGUUCCCCAGCAGCAAGACCGAACAGGAGGCAGUGGAGAGAGAGAGGAGGGAGAAGGAGCUGCGGGACGGGAGCGGAAGUGGAGAAGGUGGAGGUGGUGAAGAAGGAGGAGGCUCGGUGGUGGUGGCGGGCACGGCGGGGUCACAGGUCUCCGUGAAUGAGGAUUGCUGCGAGAAAACACACAAGCAAAUGUAGGAAGGAAAGCGGUGAAAAUACGGGUCUGGUGGACAGUAUGGGGUGAGGAGGGGUGAGGGGCUUUUUUGUCUUAAUUGAGGCCGUUGGACUGCUCCGCUGUCUCCACAAUUCAAUUGAUGGAAAGGAACUUGAGUCUCCAAAAUGGCGACUGAGCCGGACAGAGGCCUCGCGCUCUGUCUACUGACUGUAGAAACCGCGGGAAGAAAAAAAGAAGCAAGAAAGUGAACUUUAAAAAAAAAUACAAUUGGUGAGGUCGGGGUGGAUCCAUCCAAGUCAAACAAACAUAGUCUACUCUAGUGUUUAAAACAAACAAAAAAAAUGAUAGCUUCCUUUCUUUGUGGAACAAUUAUCGUGGAAACAUUUCUAUAUUGUUAGAAGUUUAUCAUUAACACUUUUAUCUUUGGCAGCUGUAUAGUUUUUAAGUUAAAAAAUGAUGAUGGUGCACUU